AGUGCAUGAAGAAAAUUAAGAAAUAUGGACAGCCAUAAAUACAGCUAUUCAAGGGAACUUUAUGACCGAUAUGCCCAAGGCCAAGAAAAGUCUGUAGUCAAUAAAAUGCAGCAAAAAUACUGGAAAACAAAACAAACUCUUAUCAAAGUCACAGGAAAGAAGGAAGAUGAGCAUGUGGUGGCCUCUGAUGCAGAUCUUGAUGCAAAGCUGGAGCUUUUCCAUUCAAUUCAGAGGACAUGUAUGGAUUUACUUAAAGCAAUUGAACUAUAUCAAAAAAGGAUCUGUUUUCUGUCUCAAGAAGAAAAUGAAUUGGGAAAAUUUCUCCGAGCACAAGGUUCUCAGGAUAAAACGAGAGCAGGCAAAAUGAUGCAAGCUACAGGAAAGGCCCUCUGCUUUUCUUCUCAACAAAGGUUGGCAUUGCGCACACCUUUGUGUAGGCUAUACCAAGAAGUGGAGACAUUUAGGUACCGAGCUAUUUCUGAUACCUGGCUGACUGUCAAUCGAAUGGAGCAGUGCCGGACUGAAUAUCGAGGAGCAUUGCUGUGGAUGAAAGAUGUGUCUCAGGAGCUGGAUCCUGAUCUUUACAAACAGAUGGAGAAGUUUAGGAAGGUACAAGCACAAGUCCGUCAUACAAAGCUGAACUUCGACAAGCUGAAAACUGAUGUUUGCCAGAAAGUGGAUCUUCUUGGAGCCAGCAGAUGCAAUCUUCUGUCUCAUGUGCUGACAACAUACCAGACAACCCUUCUUCAUUUUUGGGAAAAAACAUCACACACCAUGGCUGCUAUCCACGAAAGUUUCAGGGGCUAUCAGCCAUACGUAUUCACUAUGCUGAAGAGCUUACAAGAACCUGUAAAUAAACUAACGGAUAAUGGAGAAAAGGAGGAGGAACUGCCGCUAGACAACACCAAAUCAAAAGAUGAUCAGCAGAGUCAGUUGAUUUAUUUAGAUGAUGAAAGCCACUCAAGGGAACUGGCAAGCUCAGCAGAAGAUGCCAAGGACAUCCUGAGUACUUUUGGGGAGAGCUUCAACCACAGAGAGAGUUCAGGAGCUAUAGAUGACUUGUUAGACUUGAAACCUGAGGCAAAUGUGGCUUCGAAGGACCCAAGUGCAACCUCUUUGGAGCCUGAGGCUAGUGACAAGGAUGACAUACUGUUGCUGAAUGAGAUUCUCAAUGCAUCUUCUUUGGAUGACGGCGAAUUCAGCAGGGAAUGGACAGCUGUCUUUGGAGAGGAUCCACUUGCCGACAUGGGCACAAAUUCUUCAGGAGGAGAAAUGGAGAUCAGUCAGUCAAUGUCCUCGUCAUCACCUUCAGGCUUUCUUCCUUCUCAGCUUUUAGACCAAAAUAUGAAUGACUUACAGUCCUCCCUUCAAGGUUGGGCGGCCAGCCGCAUUAGCCCUUCGCUUGCACCACAGACAGCGCAGAAAUCCAGCAACUCGACCAUGAACUUCAACAAGACACCCAUGAAAGAAGCUGCAAGUACCUCUAAAGAUUUAACUGCCUGGUUUAGCCUCUUUGCUGACCUGGACCCCUUGUCCAACCCCGAUGCUGUUGGGAAAACAGAUAAAGAACACGAAUUGCUCAAUGCUUGAGCUGCCUGCCUUCACCCUCCAUCAACACUGUUCUGGGGGCUGUAGAGGAUUUAUAGAAGGAGAUCCGUGUGCUGUUGUACAACUUCUCACAUCUGUGCCAUUCUAAUAAAAUCAAAGGGAUUGACCCUCCCCUUUCUAUAGGUAAUGGUUCCUUGCUCUUGUUUUGUAUAAAGAAGCUGCACCUUUUUAUGUCUGUGGAUGUACUGAUGGGGGCUUCCGUUUUGGGGAGAUUGCUGUCCAGAUUAAUGUGCUGCUGUAGACCAGCUCAUGGCUGAGGGGAGUUCACAGCUAAUACAAGAGCAACAUAUAAAUGACAAACCUAUUUUUUAUAUUUGUGUAAAUCAGAAAACAAAAUAAUGUAAUGGGAAAAGCUGCAUGAAUCAAUUGUAUAUAAAGUAGUAUGCAGCAUGCUGCUGCAGUGUGAAAAUGUAAAGUACACUUCUUUUAGCAUCCGUAGUGAAAAAAUCGAUACUUUGGGUCUAACCGUUAAGAGAAUUAUAUCUGAGUCCAUGAAUCAGCCACGCUCAUUCUCUAACUUUAAAUUAUUAGGCCAACAGCAUUGCGGACGACAUCCUUCUAGUGCGUUCCGUUGUGCCAACAGUUUCGGCAGUUAGAGAACAGGUGGGCAUUGCCUUUGCCAGGAUGUGCAUUUACAGUCAUUGCAGUUUCCACUCCAAGCACUUUUCAUCACAGCUGGUUUCAUACACCCAUGUUCU